CGUUACCCGCCCUCCCCCUUUAUUCCUUCAUAGUUCUCGUCGACAAUCGCCAUUUCCGCUCUCUUCGCAAAAGCAAUCUCAAUCGAUAACUUUGUUUCUCGCAACUUCGAAUUAGAGAACAGAUUAGAUACCCUUGCCUUUGUUUCUUUCGUUAUGGCGUCCAAAACAGCAGCAAAAGAUAUCAUCACGCUCAGAGGCUCCGCCGCCAUUGUCAGCGAGUUUUUCGGCUAUGCAGCAAACAGUAUACUGUACAAUCGCGCGGUUUAUCCAGAAGAGAGCUUUGCCAGGGUCAAGAAAUAUGGGCUUCCCAUGCUGCUCACUAAGGAUGAAGGUGUUAAAUCCUUUAUUUCCAAUCUUAAUGCUCAGUUGUCAGAAUGGCUGGAAGCUGGGAAGUUGCAGAGAGUUGUUCUAGUGAUAAUGAGCAUGAAUACUGGCGAGGUUCUAGAGAGGUGGAAUUUCAGCAUUGAGACUGACAAUGAGGUUGUGGAGAAAGGGGUUUCCAGGGAGAAGAGUGAUAAAGAGAUCAUGAGAGAGAUACAGGCAAUCAUGCGCCAGAUUGCCUCCAGCAUUACUUACUUGCCAUGCCUGGAUGAACAAUGUGUAUUUGAUGUCUUGGCAUACACGGAUACUGAUGUAGCCGUCCCUUUUACUUGGAUGGAGAGUAGCGAUGCCAAACUGAUUGCCAACCCACAAAUGGUGAAGUUGCAUUCUUUUGAUACCAAGAUUCACAAGGUGAACACUCUUGUUUCGUACAAGAACGAUGAAGAAUUGGAUGAUGAAGAGUAGACACGGAUCAGCAGAGCUCUCUCCCGAAUUGUUUCGAGAUUGGUUUCUUGUUUUCCCUUCCCCUGCAUCUUCUGCUGUGAAUCUUUUAUUCACAUUGUUGAAAGAGUUUCGCACAAGGGUUGAAGAAAUGUCUACUUUGUAACUGUUCUUGACUCUCCAUCGAGAGGAAGUUUGGGGUCUGUUAUUGUAAUGGGAAAGGAACCAUGUGUACGACUCCCUCCGUAGUCUCUGCAGUGAGAGGAACACCAGUAAUAAUCCGAUCGUUCUUUGCUGUUUUCCAUAUCUCAGAAGGACCCCAAAAAGCUGGAUCAUCUCUAUUGUUCUGAUAACAAGCACAUAAUCGAGAUAUAGCUAACCCCUUUCUCAUGUACCUUAUUGUUCUAAUAAAAGAUGAUUGACUUA